GCGACAGACCGCCAACAGUCUCAUUUACGUCCGAAGAAAACAUCAAGCGGAGCAGACAUGGCGGCGUCGUUGAUGCGGUUUGUCCGCGGAGGACUUGGAAGGAGUUACAACAUUGCCAGGAGUUCCUGUGUCCUCCAGCAGCAGAGCAGGCUGCAGAGCACCACCACAGAGACCAGUCCCACCGUCAGGCCCAAGGAUGCUGUCACUCACAACCAGCUGACAGCGUUUGGGGAGUAUGCGUCCGAAAUGAUGCCCAAAUACAUCCAGCAGGUCCAGGUGACCUGUUAUAAUGAGCUGGAGGUGAUGAUCCAUCCUGAUGGAGUUGUCCCUGUGCUGACCUUCCUGAGGGACCACACCAACGCCCAGUUCAGGAACAUGAUCGACCUGACGGCUGUCGACAUCCCCACACGGCAGAACCGCUUUGAGAUUGUGUACAACCUGCUGUCGCUGCGCUACAACUCCCGUAUCCGUAUUAAGACGUACACAGAUGAGUUAACCCCUGUGGACUCUGCUGUGUCGGUCCACAUGGCUGCAAACUGGUACGAGAGGGAGGUGUGGGACAUGUUCGGUGUGUUCUUCGCCAACCACCCAGAUCUGAGGCGUAUUCUGACCGACUACGGCUUUGAGGGUCAUCCCUUCAGGAAGGACUUUCCUCUCUCGGGAUACGUGGAGGUGCGUUAUGAUGACGAGGUGAAGCGCGUGGUGGCCGAGCCUGUGGAGUUGUCGCAGGAGUUCAGGAAGUUUGACCUGAACACGCCCUGGGAGGUUUUCCCGGCGCACAGGGAGCCCAAAGACGCUCCGCCCAAACUGGAGGCUGGAGAGGCUCCUGAGAAGAAAUGAUGUCCCUCAUGAUUCAUCCCCACGUUCUGUCUGUCCGAGUCAUUUUGGGAUCCCCCGCCCCCCAACUGAACAAAGCCACCUGAUUAUUUAUGUAAAUAAAAAUAAGAAUAAAACAAUCCUGAAAAGAGA